UCUACAUAGCGACUGCCAUAGUUGAAAUAAUAUUUAAGUGUCGAUGUCGUUAGUAAUUAUAAAUUGAAUUAAUUGUUAUAAUAGAAAUUAAAUUGAAAUAAUAUCAAGGAGAGAAAUAAUAAAAGAAGAAUUGUGUAUAAGAACUUUUCAUUUCAACUGUAAAUUGUUUUCAAAGUUUAGUUUGAUUCAUGUUGCGUGUUAUAGCAACAGGGAGAAAAGGAGCCAUUCUGAAAUUUUUCGGCAGGAUGUCAUCGGAAGCUCCUAUUAAAGGGCCCCGUCCCCUAGUCGUAUGCGGUCCUUCGGGUUCUGGAAAGACUACUUUGCUGAAGAAACUUUUUGAGGAGUUUCCUCAUACGUUCGGUUUUAGUAUAUCACACACAACACGUAGUCCUCGCGCCGGCGAAGAACAUGGUGUACACUAUUAUUUUGUUGACAAGGAUAAAAUGAAGGAACAAAUAGCUAAUGACGAAUUUAUAGAAACUGCAGUGUUUAGUGGAAAUACAUAUGGUACUAGUAAGGAUGCAAUUCGUAAUAUUCAAAACUCUGGUAAAGUGUGUGUCUUGGAUAUCGAACCACAAGGAGUCGACCAAAUCAAAAAGACGGAUUUAAAUCCUAUUCUGGUUUACAACAAUCCACCAACCCUCAAGGAUUUGGAGUUGCGUCUGCGUAAGCGUCAAACAGAAACAGAAGAAUCGUUACAGAAGCGUCUUGCUGCUGCGGAACAGGAAAUAGCAUAUGGUUUGACUGAAGGAAACUUCCACAAAAUCAUACACAAUAUCGAAAUUGACGCAUCAUACAAAGAGUUUAAAGAUUUUAUAGUAAAAGAAUUGAAGGCGCAAGAAAACCAAGGUGUUGUAAUACGUUGGGAAUAACCUGGACCUAAUUCGUGAAGGCAAAUUGUUCGUUAAAAAAAAAAUGACAAAUGCUUUAAUAAAAAAGUCAACACAAAAUACUUAAUAUAUAUAUAUUUUUUUAUUUUUAAACGACAGUAAAUUCUGAGUUUUAGAUUGAUUUUAGAUUUAGAUGACUUUUUGACAAGAUUUUAAUUUGUUAAUGUUAAUAUAAAUAAUUUAUACAAUUUGUUACAAAAUGUUAAAGCCUUUAAUUGAGUAAAGAAUAUAAAACAAUAGAAAACAUAGUUUUUUAAUUCAUUACGUCAAGGUAAUUUUGCAAUAUUUUAACGUAUACUUAUAUUUUAGUACUGAUAUAUCCUUCGUGAGGUAGGCAUUUCGUUAAACUCAAAUCUGUGAACACUAACUGCUGUUCCAUAUCAUCCUUACAAUAUACUUGGAUUAUUUUAAGUAUGUUUUGUAUAGCUACCACUAGAUUUUCUACCAAUACAAUACCUGAAAAAUAACCUAAAUUAGAAGGAGAUUGAUAAAUUAUGCUGCAAUGACACCUUUUCCAUUUGGUAUAUCUGUGUGGACCUUGUUGUCUGAUUGUUUCGUAUCACAAGUGCCUUCCUAUCCAUUAUUAAUAUAUCCUAGCAGUAGAGCUAGUGAAAAAUGAAAAUAUUGACAGACAUGUAUAGUGUUAAAUAAUUUAGUAUAAUAGAAUUGUGCAAAAAAAAAUAAUAACUCAAUGACCGUUUUGCCUCUAUGUCUUGUUUAAUUCUAUUGCAGAUUUACGUAUGGUUCAUCC